CUGAUUCUCGUGGAUCCCAAAGAUUUGAAGAAAUGAGUUGCUUCAGCUGUUGCGAGGAUGAUGAUAUGCAUAAAACUGCUGAUUAUGGAGGUCAUAACCCAGCCAAACACUUUCCAGGAAAUGAUGCAAGGCACCACCAAGCCUCUGAAACUGCACAAAAGGGUACUCCAAUUGUGAAGGUGCAGCAGCCUAUUGAAGUACCUAUUGUCCCUUUUAGUGAACUCAAGGAAGCAACUGAUGAUUUUGGAUCCAAUUCUCUAAUUGGUGAAGGCUCUUAUGGCAGAGUAUACUACGGAGUAUUGAACAACGAUCUGCCCUCAGCGAUUAAAAAGUUGGACUCUAACAAACAGCCUGACAAUGAAUUCCUUGCCCAGGUUUCCAUGGUUUCUAGGCUUAAACAUGAUAACUUUGUUCAACUUCUUGGCUACUGUAUUGACGGGAAUUCACGGAUACUUGCCUUUGAAUUUGCCAAAAAUGGAUCUCUUCAUGAUAUUCUUCAUGGGAGAAAAGGUGUGAAAGGAGCACAGCCAGGUCCUGUCUUGUCGUGGUAUCAACGAGUGAAAAUUGCAGUUGGAGCUGCAAGAGGCCUUGAGUACUUGCAUGAAAAAGCUAAUCCAAACAUCAUUCACCGUGACAUUAAAUCCAGCAAUGUCCUACUCUUUGAAGAUGAUGUUGCCAAAAUUGCUGACUUUGAUCUCUCUAAUCAAGCUCCUGAUAUGGCAGCUCGCCUUCAUUCCACCCGUGUUCUUGGAACUUUCGGUUACCAUGCCCCUGAAUAUGCAAUGACCGGGCAGUUAAAUGCCAAGAGUGAUGUCUACAGCUUUGGAGUUGUCUUACUCGAACUUCUUACAGGUCGAAAACCUGUUGAUCAUAGAUUACCCAGAGGCCAGCAAAGUUUAGUCACAUGGGCUACACCUAAACUGAGCGAAGACAAGGUUAAACAAUGCGUUGAUGCAAGACUCGGUGGCGAUUACCCUCCAAAAGCUGUUGCUAAGUUAGCCGCGGUUGCUGCGUUGUGUGUGCAGUAUGAAGCAGAUUUUAGGCCGAAUAUGAGUAUCGUUGUCAAAGCUCUUCAACCUUUGUUGAAUGCUCGAGCCGUAGCUCCAGGCGAAGGAGUACAUUAGCAACCGCUGUCUCGGCCUUACUCUUCUUACCGGAAAAUUUCAUUUACAUAUACAUCAGCAGUCAAAACUUAAUGUGCAUAGAAAUCUCUGUAAUGUUUAUUUUUUCCAAACAUUAAAUCCGUUACCCUUAU